AUGCUUCGGCCAAAGCCACACUCGAAAUCCGGGGAGGAGUCUCUCGAAGAGCAAAAAGAACCAUUCGUCGAUCAAGCACUGGACCGAGAUGAGGGAAACGGGCCCAAUCUCGACAUUGCCAGCGGCACGAGAACUGGAUGCAUUGCCGCCGUGUCGAUGGGCGUGAUUCUUUCGCUUCUGUGCCUUAUAUCCGGCAUUUACCUCGUCACUCAAAAGUCCAUCCUCGGCGCCCCGGUCUCCAUCUCUCCUGCUGGGCAAGAAGCUGUGUCCCUCGUGAUCAACUUUAUCCUGGCACUCUGCACCGAUGGUAUGAUGUUCGUGCAUUCCGCCUCCCUACGAUGGGCGUUAUAUCGCGAAGAGCGCUUGGAGUACAACACCAAUAUUCGUCUCUUCACCAGUUCCAAGAGAUUCGGCCCGAAUAGUUGGUACAUUAACCUGGUCGCCCUGGCCUGCUUGAUUUUAACAUAUGCCUCGUCAUCCGUCCUUUUGGUAUCCAACCAGGCCUAUAUGGGGAAUGAAAACGGAGGGGUAUUCUUCGAGUUGAUGAUCAAUGCCACAGCUCUAAUUGCGCUGGGUUUAGGUCUCGCUGGUCAGGCCGCCAUCGCCGUGUGGUGCCUGGUAUCGUGUCAAAAGUCGAUACCGACCUGGAGCUCCAAUCCGCUCAACACCGCGUCGGUCGCGUUGCACAAAGGUGACCUUGUCCACCGUCCAGGGAGAUGCAUGUUAUCCGUUCACCAGAGAACAAUGCCAAGCCAAGAGGCAUACCCCGGGAAAAGACAGGGAAGCAUGUUUCAAGUACAGCAUAUAGUGCGAUACAUUCUUGCGUUGAUAUGGUCACUUGCUCUUCUGGCCAUCGCUUGGCCCAUUGCUAUCGCCACUGUCUCCAGAUCUAUCGGUAAUGACAGUUACUUAGGACAGGGGUUUGAAAACCCGUGCUGGAAACUUAGAUUCGAUUGGGAAAAGAGUGAUUGGGCAUGUUCGCGGAACUUCGUGACGCUUUCUAUGUCACCCACUGCGAAUGACCACAAUCCGAGCUCCCCAGCCUUUUCGUACGGCGCAGAGGCUGUGCUAUGCAUCUUAUUUGUCUGUCUGGUCCAAGCUCUCCAGACAAUUGUCCUGCAUUGCUUGGAAUUGUUGGUCAACCUGUCUAGAGACGAAGGACUUUGGCGACAGGCUUACAGAGGAACAAAAGAGGCCCCAGGGACGCAGUUGUCCACAAAUCCAUUCCUUUCAGCCGCAUCGAGCUGGGAAAACAUCGUCCUGUUUAUCUCCAAGGCACUCCUGCAUUGGAUAAUUGGUGCAGAGCAUGAUCGCUUCCGUCGCCAUUGA